UAACAAAAUACACUAUAACAGAUCAUUUUCUAUGAUUGUAGAUGUUAACAGGCAGGCUGUAUUCCAAGCGCUAAAAGUUCGAACCCAUUUGAAACAAGAUGGAAGCUGGAUCAACAGGUCUCAAGAUGUUCAGGACACACAGUCAGAUGUAAAAGCACGGAAACCAGUAAAGCUAGUAAAGCCUAAGAAUGUGUCAUCGCCUGAGAGCAGUUCGGUCUCUUCCUCCAUCAUGCCAUGUGCACAGAGUGCCACCAUCUCCUCCAGCCUGGACUCGUCCACACCUCCUCAAAGCUCUGAUGUUAUGUCAGCCUUAAGGAAGUUUGAGCCCCUGAACUCAACAGAAAACACACCAGUCAGGAGUGGGUCCAAACUGGCGAAAAGUGUACAUCCUGUCCUUGAGGACUUCAGGAGAGCACAUGUAGAGGAUGAAGCGGAGACAUCCAUAGUCAAACCUGCAGAGCAACCAUUAAAGACACCUGCAGAUAUUCCUAAAACAGAUGUAGUGAAGAAACCAAUAGAAAAACUUAAAUACCUGGAACCAUUGAAGACACAUUCAGACACUCCUAAAAUGGACAUAGUGGCGAUACCUAUAGAAAUACCUGUAGAGGAACCAUUGAAGACACAUGCAGACACUCCUAAAAUGGACAUAGUGGAGAAAUCUAUAGAAAUACCUGUAGAGGAACCAUUGAAGACACCUACAGAUCUUCCUGUAAAGAACAUAGUGGUGAAACCCGCAGAAGAAUCACUGAAGACACAUACAGAGACUCCUGUAGAGGAAACAGGGAAUACACUGGUAGAUGGAGCUUCAAUAGAUCAAACACAAUCUAGUGGAGCGCUGCAGGAGAAAACAGUCAAAACUCUACAUGAGAACCCAGCAAAGCCUUCAGGUACACUGCCUACAGAGAAUAAAGAAGACAAUCCAAUUGAACAAGUCACAGUAGCACAAGCCCCUAUAGUAGAGGCUCCACUCGAACCCAGAGAAGCAGAAAACCAGCCUACAAGUGAUCAUGGGGAACUUUCACUAGUAUCUGCUCUGGAAACUCCAACAACAGAGUCAUCAACUAGAGCAACGACAGAACUGACCGAAGAACCCCCGAUGGCAGCCCUGGAAGAGCACCACAGACUGAACAGUGAAGCCGAAUUGAAUGUGAAAGGUAAAACCAUGUGUUCCUUCUGCAAGCUGCCCUUAGAUGAAAAUGUGAAAAUCUCCGUCAACAUUCCUGACAUUUGCUGCCGUCCGGAUUGUUUCAAGUGUAAGGGUUGCAGGAGUCCUCUGGGUGAUCUCUCUUCAUCUAUGUACCACUAUGCUGAGAAAAUCCUCUGUGAGAAAUGCUUUGAUCAAAUCUUCCAGCUCUGAUGACUCAUCGCCACAGCAACCUACUCCACUACAAAUUAUCACCAUGACAGCUAAGCACAUCUCAGAGUCUACUACUAAGUUUGCACUAAUUAAACAAAAAUAUUUAUCAGUAGAAGAACUGCUGUCAUCGGUUUA